AUGGAUGAUGAAGUAGAUGACGAUGACGAUGACGAUGACGAUGACGAUGACGAUGACGAUGACAAUGACGAUGACGAUGACGAUGACGAUGAUGUUUUGCAGUGUUCACGGGACCUCAGGCAGUUCCAGCUCAGGUUGCUGAGGGUGAAGCUCAGCAACCUUGUCCGCGUCAACGACGCCAUUGCUGCCGUUCAGAGUGCGUUGCAGGAGCAGCUCCGGAACGAGGACGGGCAGGCGAACGAUGGGAUAGAGAGAACCCAACUGGGUCUCAACACUCAAUCUUCUACCGACGUGCUGGACACGCAGGAUGAGGAUGAGGAGGAAGAGGAGGAGGAGGAGAGUGGCGACGAGGAGGAGAAAGACAAGGGAGGGUUCCUCCGGACAUCGUUCGAGGUGAAGCGGUAUGCCGUCCGUGACGACCCGAGCAGGAGCGCGUUUGAGAAUGAGAGUCAGAUGCUGCUUCUGAUGCAGGUGAACAGCAAGGGAGAAUACUUCAUGAGGACCGACCUCUCGAGGAUCGACCUCCUCACUGCCUGCCGCAGCGACAUCGCUGCUGUGACUGGGGAGAAACUUGGGCCCUCGUCCUCGCCCUCCCCCUCCCACGACUACUUGAGCUCCUGCGCAAACCUCCACCUGCGGGACCUCAGGAGGCUGACGAGCUUCCAAGGGCAUGCGAUCAUGGCAAGGAGAGGAGCGAUCGUCCUUGCCCUCGGCUUCCUGAACGCGGUCAUCACACACUGCAACGCCUACAUCGUCAUCCCCGACGGCACCGACCACUUGCUCCAGCCGUUCCUGGUCAGACUGAACAAGGGGACGCAAGAUUCCUCCCUCGACAUUCCCUUCGAGUUCAAGGUGGUGGAGGCGAUCCUGCUGACGCUGGUGACGUACCACUCGGAGGGAGUGCAGACAUGCGUAAACGAGAAGCAUGGCAUAGCAGAGGGGCUAAGGAAGACGAUAGGCAGCAAGAUGCUGACCAGGAUCUGGAAGCUCAAAAGGUACCUGUCGCAGCUCCAUGAGGACAUUGCGGGCUGCGAACGAGCCAUCGAGGAGGUUCAGACCGAUCAGGACGCCCUAGCGCUCAUGUACCUCUCCGCCAUGCAGGAGGACGCCGUCACCUACGAGGCGCUGCUGAGGGCGAGGAAGGGGAACACCGAGCACGUCCAGCUCCUGCUGGACACUUACGAGCUGGAAUUUCACGCCCUCUCCUCCCAGCUGAUGCUCAUCGAGAAAGAGAUCGAGGGGACUGAGGACCUGCUCACCCUGCAGCUGGAUGUGGCAAGGAACAACCUGUGGAAGGUUGACAUUCUUGUGGGCAUGGCGACCAUGUGGAUCACCGCUGCUCUCAUGGUCGGGGGGAUACGCGUGCUUUGGCGUCUCUUUAUGUGGACCCAAGUGAUGUUGUCGAUAGAUUGGAAUGUUGUGGGAGAACUGAAGGAGCUUGUUGCUCAGUCGGACUGUGGCGUCGGCAGAGUAGAGCCUGCGGAGGACGCGGCCGACUAUGGCGGCCCAUCGAAGGAGGGAGACGAUAUCGUCCUGCUUGUUGAUCUUGGGGGUGGGGAGAUGCGCUCCGUCCUGAUCUCGGCGGAUCGAGAGGCUCUUGAGGACGGCGGAGGUGGUGACGGCAGAGGACUCAUCCUUGAACUUGUGGAGGACUUUGGCGACGAAGGGGAAGUCGACGAGAAUCUCGUCGAGACGAGUCUUAGUGAGGAACCAGGUCUCGACGAAGUCGAGGGCGAGGACAGUCGUGGUGGUUACCUGUGA